UGAUUGCCGCAUUCCCGUAAGCUCCCUUUCGACAACCUCCCCUCGAUCAAUUUGACUGAAGUCCUACCUUCAAAGCCCCGAAGCCGAAACCUUCACGAUGCUGAUGGCCGGACUGAGCGCCUUCGCCGCCUCCGAUGACCUCGUCCGCGCCUCCCAUCGCCAGAUCAAGCCCAUGUUCCACAGCAACCUCCCCGUCGCCGACGAGAUGAUCGUCCGCACCAUCGCCUACUACGCCACCACCGUCGCCCUGAUUUACUGCCACAAGCAGGGCAAGAAGUUCACUCCGCCACAGCCCCACCGCUCCCUGAUCGGCAAUCUCCUUUGGAUGAUGGGGAUCACCGACCCGCGGGUGGAAAAGUGCCUGGACAAGCUGUGGAUCCUGUACGCCGACCACGAGAUGACCAACUCAACGGCCGCCCUCCUGCACGCGGGCUCCUCCCUGGCCGACCCCAUCUCCGGCAUCAUCGCCGGAAUCGGCUCGGGGAUGGGGCCCCUGCACGGCGGGGCGAUCGACCUGGCUUACGAGAUGCUGGAGAUGAUCGGCUCCGCGGAGAAUGUGCCGGAAUUUAUUGAGGGAGUCAAGACCUCGAAGACGCGGCUGUUCGGCUACGGCCACCGCGUGUACAAGACGCGCGACCCGCGCCUGUCGCUGAUCGAGGAGUUGAUGAACGAGCACAAGGAUGCGAUCGAUGCCAACCCGAUCCUCCGGAUUGCCAUGGCUGUGGAUCGUCAGGCAAACGAGGAUCAGUAUUUUGUCGAGCGGAACGUGAAGGCGAACGCCGAUCUGAAGGGUUGUUUCCUGUACACUGCCAUGGGCUUCGAGACGAACAUGUUUGCUGCCAUCGUUGGUCUUUCUCGUGUGCCAGGUGGACUGGCCCAUUGGCGCGAGACUCAGGUUGCUCCGAUCAGGCUCUGGCGACCGCAGCAAGUGUAUGUCCCUUUCACUGAGGCCGAACCCAAGGCGAAACUGUGAUUUUCGUGAUCACUACGAUAUCGUUCCGCACUUAUGCUUAUUCUAUACCCUUUUUGACAUUUGCAAUGUAUCUCAAAAUUCACAAGCAACACGUCUGUCUGGAAGACGAUAUUCCAUGUCCCUGGUAGAUUCAAGUGAUCCCCUGUAGAAAUCGCUGCUAUAAGUCGUAGCAAAUCUUGAAAGUCUUCAGUACUUGCUUCCACCGCGCAUUCGUUGCUCAGAGCGCCUUUUUUCCAACGUGUGAAAAUCAUAUCGCAGACGAGGAUCGUAGGAGAGUAUAAAGGCUCAGAAUGUUGGAAAGCCUCGAGUCUCAAAUCACACAGAUUUGAUAAUUUGCUAGAU